AAAAUCGCUAUUAGCUUUUGAAAUGUUAUACCACUUUGCUUUUCCUUUUUUAUUAAAUCUCUAACUUAAAAAAAUCCUAUCUGAAAUCUUUAUGUAGUCACCUCUAAAGCAGUAGUUUAUAUUAUUGGGCCAUAGAAAGAGAGCUAUACAGAGUUAAUAUGCUUGGAUGGAGCAGACAUAUGCAUACUGUAGGUAUAUAGAUGGACUCUCAUUUUGUGGGGCUUUUUUUUUUUCAUCUUGAGAAGCUUGGAUCUUGAAUCCAGUUUGCAGAAGCCUAAAAACUGACUGAUUAUUUAGUCCGGAAAACUCCUUUUCCAGAAACAUGACAAUCAUAGGUUAAAGGAUUCCAGCUCUGCUGAAUAUUCCCUAUAGAGACAUAUUUUGAUCUCUCACAUGGUAGCUUGCAGACUUUUUGAUUUUCCAAAGACAAAUGCCAGGAUAUCAAGGUGGGAAAAAAUACGCCACACUAGGAAUCCCCAGUACUGAUCAGAGACACCAAGGAUAUCACUGCAGAUAACCACAGAAAGCACGGAUGGGAUGAUAUGUGCAUUUUUCCACUCAAGUUUCUCUUGAUUAACUUAACAAAGUUAAUUUAAUCAUUUCAGCUUUUGCCUUUCUUUAACCCCAUGCUGUUCAUACUGUUUUCUUUGUAGUCACUGAACAAGAGACUAAAGUGCCCAAGAAAACCAUCAUCAUAGAGGAAACGAUAACAACUGUGGUGAAGACCCCAAGGCAAAAGCGAAAGAUGUCUCCCGCCCGUCCUCCUUCAGGUUACUCUCUCUCCCGCUCUCCAAGAUCAGAGCUGCUGACCCCAGAGCCAGUUUAUGUAACAAAGGUCAGGCAGCCUGUACACAGGCAUGAGCUGGAGGCCACACAGAAGACUGUCAUCCCUAUGUUCUUUGUGACAGAGCCAGAGGACAGACAAGGAGCGGCAGCUAGACCUCUUGUCAUAGAAACCAAGGUGGAAGAACAAAAACCCAAAUGGGUCGAAGUGGAGGAAAUCAUUGAAUUCAAGGUGAAAAAAUCACCCAAGCCUACGAAGAAAAGAGGAGCUUCCCCAGCAAAGCCAGAAAAAGAUGACUCAGGAGUAUUGACAUUCACUAUGCCUGACCCAAGACCUAGGCGUUCCUCUGAAGAUGACCCAAACACAAACAACUCCAACAAUAAAUUAGUGGAGCAGGCCAAGUCUUCCCUGCCUAGAGACAAUCUUUCAGAUGUCGACAUCCCAACCCUUGCAUAUGGAGCUGACCAGGAAGGAGCUCCAGUCAACAGUGAAGAAGAUAUAAGUUCUCAGUGUGGGUCUGAACAGUUAGGAAGUAGUUCAUUCAUUGACUAUGGGACUGAUGGAAAGAGCUGCAUGCAGGAAGCAAGUAAUGACGAUGUUUCAGAAACUACUUCCCCACUGCUUGCCUGUGUGGGUGAACCCUUUGUCUUUAGCUUGGAGACAGCUGAUGCAGGUGAGCCUGAACUUCCACCUUCACCAAUGAGCCGAGGGGUUAAGGAAGAAGCUGAUGAGUUAGAUACGUCAUGGACUGCUGAAGGAGGAGUACCUGAUACAGUACAAGAUGAGGAUCUUUCAGAGGAAGAUACUGUUAUAAUUGAUGAGCUAGAGACAGAUGACAUUGGCAACCGAGACCCCAAAAUUCUGACCCACAAUGGAAAAGUGCUAACUCUGGAAGACCUUGAAGAUUAUUUUCCUGAAGAAGGUGAGACCUAUGGAUGUGAUGAUCAAAACUACACAGAAGACAAACCCUGUGAGAUCUCUGUGCUCCAGACAGAAAUUAAUGAACCGACGGUGGGGAAGCCUGUGUUGCUAAAUCUCAGGAGACCUGUUCCUAAACCAAGGCAAAGCUUUUUCAGCAAGUUCAAGGAGCACCGUCCUGAAGGAAUGUUCAUGUCAGCAUCCAGAGUAACAGGAGUGCAGUCCGUGGGUCCCUCUAACAUUUCUUUCCAUGUGAGUGAGACAUGCACCGCAGCAGCCGCUCCUGGUGUGCAUGCAGCAGUGCCAGCAGCCUCACCUGGACCUUCCUUCCAAGUGAAACCGUCUUUCUGUACCGGAGUUCAGCUCUCAGCGGACAACGGACAGUCCAGCUUUAAAACUGAAGUUUCCACAAGAACCCUCAGCUAUGGAACUAUCGGCGAGCCUGUUAUGUUGCACAUCAGCACGGAAGACCCCUCCCAGAGCUGAGCAGAUACAAGCAGCAUUCUUAAAAUUAAAUUAAAAAAUACAUACACAAACCAAGAAAAACAUUCUAGGGCGGGUGAAAUUGGUGGUGAGAAUUAUAGGGAAACACCUAAAAUAAAAAUACCUUAAGGAAAACAUAUAGAUCGUGGUAUGUAGAGCUUUUCCAGUCUUAAAGGGAACACUUCCAUCCGUUCAGUUUAUAAUUGAUCCUGGUGAAAACAUAUCAUUCCAUUGAGAAGUGGUGAGAGGCAGGUUCAAUAGACUUACAGUGACCCUGCCUCUUCUUACUUGUGAUAAAAAUAUAAAUAAGCAAGCACAUUUUUCUUCAAGAGUUUAAAAAUUACUUCAGCUCUCAGACUUGAGAAGUCAUUCAGUGGUGAGACAUUUAAGGUAUCUCAUCUUGGCAAUACCUUCCAGCCAUCAAGAGAAGGUAGGGUAGUUUCAUUUAAGCAUAUCUUCUGUCACUGUACAUGCCAGACAGCCAGCAAAAUAGUUGCACUGCUUUACUUUUACUAAAUGCUGAUGAGACAAAUUAGCUCUACCAAAAAUGUGUUCAUAAACCUUUCAGAUUGUGUAAUCUGUUUAAAUUAUUAUUAUAUUUUUCCAGAAAGUGAAACCUACAGAAGGUACUACACUUAUUAGGCAACACUACUGACUUAAGAGACUGCUGAAAAAUUUGGGUGAAAUUCUGACCCUACCAAAGUCAAUGGCAAAACUCCCAUUGACUUCAACAGAGCCCAAUCUGAGUACAACUACGUUCCACCUUUAUUAAAAAGGCCACCAUUGUUAAUCAACUACUUUUUGUUAAUCUUUUAAGAUGUAUGGGUUUCUAUGGUUCUGCAUGCUUUAUUCAAGUUCAGUAACGCUAUAAAUCAUCCUAAAUUAUGAUAGAUGUUUGCAUUAUCUACACUUAAAAGAGUAUUGAUUAAAGGAAUGGACAGGCUAAUACAAUAUCUACAAUCCAGAUUAAAAACGUGUAGAACCACAAAUAAAUUAUUUCAUAAAUGAGUAAUUACUAUGUGAGUAGAAUGGUUAAUUAGGUCUCCUGUACAUGUUAAUGGUUAAGCUUCGCCACCAGUGCAUUAGUGAUUAAAAUUUCCUAAUCUCCUAAUGAAAAUGUACCCAUGAGCCAUAUUAAAAUUGCAGGAGUACUAAUACAAUUAAAACCUUUUUCAAGAAAUAACUUGUUUAUGGGGUUUUAGUGUACUGUGCCAUUUGAAUACACUGCCAGUGCAAGAUGUACCAUUAUACUGUAGCCACUUUGGUUUAGCUAUGUUGUAGAGGUCACCCUUUAUCAUAGACAGUUGUGUUUCUUUAGAACUUUGACACAGAGAUCUCAAAUGCAUGAUGAUGGCUAAUCCAGUAAGGGUAUAAUUCUGCAAGGUGCUGAGUGCCUCUGAGAGGUGGUGAGCAACCUGAGCUCUCACUAGCUUCAGUGAAAAUUGGUGUUGCAUAGCACUUUCGGAAGGUGCUCAGUCCCUUGAUGAGACUGAGUCCUUACAGCUAGGUUCUUGUCCCACUUGAAGUCAGUUAAAGUUUGCGAUUGUUCUCAAUGGAUAUGUCUACACUGCAAUAAGAAACCCACCCCUGGCCUGUGCCAGCUGACUCAGGGUUCAGGCUAAGCUGCUGUUUAACUGCAGUGUAGACAUUCGGGCUUGCCUG